GUGGGGGUCAGCAGGAAGAAGAUGACUCUGACUUCUGCUUCCCCAGCCUGCGGGGACAAGGCUUUUGUCUGAGAAGUGUGGCCUCUGAUCAAGUUCUUGGGAAUCAAGCUGACCUACAGAACAGGAGUCCUGACCAAGCUGAACAAGAGAGCAGGAACACAGUUCCUGCCUUGCCAGUUCUCCAACUAUAGUCCUGACCUUUGUCUUUGACCCCUGCAGUCAUGCCUAGGAGCCACAAGAAUAAGGGCCACUCCCGUUCCAAACAACGUCGUGGUAAUCAGGCACCUGAGGAGAGCCAAGAUCUCCAGGGUGCUCAACCUGCUGUUCAGAGAGAAUCAGCAUGUCCUUCUGUUGGCCAAGCUAAUUCCCCAAGCUCUUCUAAUGCCCGUGCUCCUCAGGGAGCUGCAUUUCCUGCCUCUCCUCAUGCAGUUAUGUCCUGCAUAGGCUCUGAUAUAGGUACUGGGGGUCGUGAUGUCUGUGCUGUUGGGGGAAGUCCACGUACUUUCCAGGCAGAAGCCUUCACUCAGCCAAUAUGUCGAGAUGCUCUUACCAAGAAGGCUAGCAUGUUGGUAGAGUUCCUGCUAGAGAAGUUUAAGAAGAAUGAGCAGUUUACAGAUGCUGAUAUGCUGAAGGUGGUCAACAAGAAAUACAAAACACAGUUUUCUGACAUCCUCAGGAAAUCUUCCUCCCGAAUGGAAAUGAUCUUUGCAAUGCAGUUGAAGAAAAUCAAUCCCAAUAGUCAAUCCUAUGCUAUUGUCAGCAAGCUAGGUCUCUCCACUGCUGAAAUUCUAAGUGGCAAGAGGGGGUUGCCAAAGAUGGGUCUCCUGAUGACCAUCUUGGGCCUGAUAUUCACAAAAGGCAAUUGUGCCACUGAGGAAGAGGUCUGGAAAUUCCUGAGUGUAUUAGGAGUGUAUGCAGGGAGGAAGCACUUGAUCUUUGGGGAGCCCCGAAGGCUCAUAACCAAAGAUCUGGUUGAGCAAAAUUACCUUGAGAUCCGCAAGAUGUCUGAGGGUAAAUCCCCUAGAUAUUAUUUCCUGUGGGGUUCCCAGGCCCAUGUAGAAACCAGCAAAAUGAAAGUCCUGGAAGUUUGGGCUAAGAUCAAUGACACCAUUCCUAGCUUCUUCCCCACUCUAUAUGAAGAAGCUCUUAAAGAUCAAAUGGAGAGAGCACAGCCAGAAUCUCCAGUCUUGGCUUGCACAGCUGUCAUGGCCAGUGCUCAUCCCAGGUGCAUGUCCUGCAGCUCCUCUCACAAAUAGCUGCAACUCACUUUCCGUCUGAAAAGGAGUCAACCUUCUAUGUAGUGGGGGAUUUAUGGGUCACAGGAAUAAAGCACAUAUUUUUUUUUCUGUUAUACAAUGAGUAAAUGAUAUGUGUAAUUGCUUUGGUGAGUUGCAGAUGUUCCAUUAAUGGAAAAUUAAUUUGUUUCACAGCCUUUGUUUCUUGAUGUUAUGCUUGACACAUUUAUUGAUGCAUUUCAAUUUUACAACCAAAGAGUUUUGUUACUUUAAAAACCAACUGAAAUUUUUCCAUAAAUUUCUUUUUAGUAUUGGAUAAGGUAACAUGAAAUUGUAAAAGUGAGUCCCAUGGAAAUGUAGUGUCACACAUUGGUGAAACAGAUACCAUGAUCAAUUCCUAA